AGCGGCAACCGACGCGGGCAGGCGCGCGGAGGCGGUCAGCCAUUGGCUGUCUGGUCCAGCUACACCAGCAAUUGGCUGGCAGAGCGCCAACCGGCAAGGGUAAAGCAUACGCCGCGGAAAAGCUGCGGGGCGCGAAUGGCACGGGACGUAAGGCGGCUGAUCGUGGAUGGCCGCGGGACAGCUCGCUCAUUGGAAACUGGUAGUCAGCCUAGGUGACGGAGACUCCAGGCUGGCUUUGAACUCCUUGUUUAGCUAAGGAUGAUCUUGAACUUCUGAUCCUCUUACCUCCACUUCCCCCAAAUGCGGGAAUUAUGGACCUGAGAUACUCUGCACAUUCUUAUUUUUAUUUUAUUUUAUUCAUUUUGUGCUUGGUAGGUGAGCUGUCUCCCAAACCGAGCUACAGUCAGUACAGGUUUUGAUGAUGAAAGUGUUCUAGAACUAAGUCAGGCAUAUUCCCAGCACUGAGUUACUGGCCACUGGGAGUAAAAAGCCACAAAGCCAGACCCUGUCUCAGCCAACAAACCGAUUAAUUAACCAACUUUGGAACUAAAUUUUGUUGAUGAGCACUCAACACUGUCAGUGUACUAAAUGUCGCAAGUGGCCAUUUUUAUGUAUACUUUUCAAAACUAUAUGAAGAGUAAAAGUCUUCGGAAAGGGGCACUAUCUCCAACUGGAGUUUUUUUCUCACGCCCAGGGAAUUCUGACAUUGCAACCCUGAUCUGAGUCCAGGAUGCUAUAAUGGGUGGUGUCACUAAAGAGUUCAGAUUCUCUGGGCGGUUAAGAACACAAUGGCUGUUAUUUCAGCGUAUCUAGGUUCAAUUCCCAACACCUACAUGUAACUUCAUCUGCAAUUCCAGUUCCAGAUACCCAUAAGAGGGUUCCGCGGUCGCCAGGAUGCACGUGGUGCACAGACAUGUAUGCAGACAAAAUAUCCAUACACAUUAAAAACAAACAAACAAACAAACAAGAACGAGUGAGAGUUCAGAUUGUUUACUCCACCGACAGUUCACCCUCAGCCAUGUUCCGGCACGCCCACUUCCGCCCUGAAGUCCCGCGCUGGAGGCUCAAAGAGCUAAGCUCCACCUCUACUGACGCGCUAGACCACAACCCGUAGCCCUGCCCCUUUACCUGUCCAUCAAACUCGUUCUUGUCCCGCCCCCUGCCUGUAGGACACGCAGCCCUCGGUGCGGCCCGUUGUUAUGACGACAUGGUCGUAAAUCCGCCAUCUUCCUGUGGCGCGUUGCGACAUGGAGGGCGCGAUGGCAGUGCGGGUGACGGCCGCUCAUACGGCAGAAGCCCGGGCCGAAGCCGGGCAUGAAGCGGGCGAGGGCGGGGUUGCAGCGGCGGCGGCCUUGUCCAACGGCGGCUUUCUUGGGCUCCCAGCGCCCUUCAGCGAGGAAGAUGAGGAUGACGUACACAGAUGUGGACGCUGCCAAGUGGAAUUCACUGCCUUGGAGGACUUUGUCCAGCACAAGAUUCAGAAGACCUGCCAUCGGGCCCCACAAGAGGCCCUGCCCACCACCUCUGCUGCCACUUCGUUGCUGGGCCAGGAGGUGGUGCCAACAGCAGCAGAGGAAGGUCCAGAGGAACCCAUCACUGUGGCCCACAUCGUGGUGGAGGCCACCUCUCUGGCAGAAGACAUGAGCCAUGCUCCUGACCUUGUUGGAAGUGGGCACAUCAAAGAGGUCAUUGUGGCUGCUGAGGCAGAGCCAGGGGAUGGCGAGAUGGCAGAGGCUCCAGGCAGUCCUAACCAUCAGGAACUUGGGCUUAUUGGGGAGGGCGAGCAGGCCCAAGUCAAGCUGCUGGUGAACAAGGAAGGCCGCUACGUGUGCAUGCUAUGUCACAAGACCUUCAAAACGGGCAGCAUCCUCAAGGCUCACAUGGUAACACACAGCAGCCGCAAGGACCACGAGUGCAAGCUCUGUGGGGCCUCCUUUCGGACCAAGGGCUCUCUGAUCCGGCACCACCGACGGCACACUGAUGAGCGUCCCUACAAAUGUGCCAAGUGUGGGAAGAGUUUCCGAGAGUCAGGCGCACUGACUCGGCACCUCAAAUCUCUCACUCCAUGCACAGAAAAGAUCCGUUUCAGCAUAAGCAAGGACACAGCCGUGGGCAAAGAGGAAGUGCCUGCAGGGUCCAGUGCCUCCACUGUGGGGACAGUGACAUCGUCAGUGGCAGGAGAACCCAUGGAGACAUCACCUGUGAUUCACCUGGUGACAGAUGCCAAGGGCACUGUCAUCCAUGAAGUCCAUGUCCAGAUGCAGGAGCUUCCCCUGGGCAUGAAAGCCCUGACCCCAGAGUCGGCAGACUGUGAGGAGCUUCCCUGCUCCCGUGAGAACAGCCGGGAGAACCUGCUACAUCAGGCCAUGCAGAAUUCUGGCAUCGUCCUCGACAGGGUUGCUGGGGAGGAGAGUACCCUGCAGCCAGCCCCUCCUUCUGGGUCCAGUCCCCAGUCCCUGGGAGAUGGACCCUCAGAGCUGCCACUGCUGGAGGUGGAGCAGAUAGAGACACAGGUAGCCAGUGAGGCAGCCACUGUGCCCAGGACCCACCCGUGCUCUCAGUGCAGUGAGACUUUCCCAUCAGCGGCUACCUUGGAGGCCCACAAGAGAGGUCAUAUAGGGCCGAGGCCAUUCACCUGCACACAGUGUGGCAAGGCCUUCCCCAAAGCCUACCUGCUCAAGAAGCACCAGGAGGUGCAUGUGCACGAGCGCCGCUUCCGUUGUGGAGACUGUGGGAAGCUUUAUAAGACCAUUGCCCAUGUGCGGGGCCACCGGCGUGUCCACUCCGACGAGAGGCCUUUCCCUUGUCCCCAGUGUGGCAAGCGUUACAAGACCAAGAAUGCCCAGCAAGUGCACUUCCGGACACAUUUGGAAGAAAAGCCCCACGUGUGCCAGUUCUGCAGCCGAGGCUUCCGGGAGAAGGGCUCUCUAGUGCGGCAUGUGAGGCACCACACCGGCGAGAAACCUUUCAAGUGCUACAAAUGUGGCCGUGGCUUUGCAGAGCAUGGCACACUCAACCGGCACCUGCGCACUAAAGGGGGCUGCCUGCUCGAAGUGGAGGAGUUGCUGGUAUCCGAGGAGAGCCCCUCUGCGGCUGCUACUGUGCUUGCAGAAGACCCCCACACGGUGCUGGUGGAGUUCUCAUCUGUGGUGGCUGAUACCCAAGAGUACAUUAUUGAGGCUACUGCGGAUGACACAGAGACCAGUGAAGCCACUGAGAUCAUUGAGGGCACGCAGACAGAGGUGGAUAGUCACAUCAUGAAGGUGGUCCAGCAGAUCGUGCACCAGGCUGGCGCUGGGCACCAGAUCAUUGUGCAGAAUGUGACCAUGGACCAGGAGGCAGCACUGGGCUCAGAGGCAGCUGCCGCGGACACGAUCACCAUUGCCACUCCUGAGAGUCUUACUGAGCAGGUGGCCAUGACGCUGGCUUCAGCCAUCAGUGAGGGCACUGUGCUCACAGCCCGGGCAGGGCCAAACAGUACUGAACAGGCCACUGUGACAAUGGUGUCAUCAGAGGACAUCGAGAUCCUUGAGCACGGAGGGGAGCUGGUCAUUGCUUCACCAGAGGGCCAGCUUGAGGUGCAGACAGUCAUUGUAUAGUUUGAGGGAUUCUGCUGUGGAAGAGUGAGAACCCCGAGUGUCUGCCCACGCCCGUCUGGUCAGAAGACAUCCACGUUCAGGCAGCCAGAGGAGAGAGAGAGUGAACACGUACUCAGUUUUGUUGUUUUUUUGUUUUGUUUUGUUUUCUGCUUUACAAUAAAACUUAAAAAACCUGCA